CCCGCCGGGGCCGCCCGCCCCGCCCCGCCCCGCCCCGCCAUGGCGGCCCCGCGCCGCGCCUGGCUCGUCUUCGGCUUCAGCCCCGAGGAGGCGGCGGGGGAGCCGGGGCCGGGCCCGGGCCCGCGGCGGCUGGAGUCGGGCCCCGAGGGGAUCCGCCGCGUGUGGCCCGCCUGGAGCUACGUGGUCGUGGAGACCGGCGCGGGGCUGGAGGUGCGGAGCGCGGGGCUGCGGCGGGGGCUGCCGGGCUGGGCCGAGGCGCUGCCCUCGGAGACGCACCUGGUGCUGCGGGGGGCGGCGGCGGCCCGGGCCUGGCCGCGGGCGGCGGCGUUGCGGGGAGCGCUGCGGGACGGGCCCGCCUGGAGCCGGGACCUGCCGCCGGGACCCCGCCGCCCCCCGCCGCUGCCGCUGCUGCCCGGCGGCUUCGCCACGCCGCGGCCGCCGUUCUUCGCCGCGCUGCCCGGGGGGGUGCGGGCCCGCGGGCUGGCCCUGGGCUACGAGCACGUCCUGGUGCUGGGCGCCGCCGGGGAGACCUACGCCUGGGGCGGCGGCAGGCACGGGCAGCUCGGCCACGGGACCCUGGAGUCGGAGCUGCAGCCGCGGUUGGUGGAGGCGUUGGCCGGCGUGCCGAUGCAGGCGGUGGCGGCUGGCGGGUGGCAUUCGGCCAGCGUUAGCGAGGCAGGAGACCUCUACGUGUGGGGCUGGAACGAGUCAGGCCAGCUGGCUCUGCCCUCCAAAGCGCUGGCGGAAGAGCGGGCACAGGACGAGGACGCAGGGCACGCUGAGCUGACGCCCCGCCGGGAGCAGCCGGCUGCCGAGGAUGCUGCGUUCAUUUCCAUCCAGGCGUUCCCGGCAUUGCUGGAUCUGCCGCAGGACCUGGAGGUCAGCAAGGUCAGCUGCGGGUCCCGGCACACCGCUGUUGUCACACGAGGCGGCGAGCUCUACACCUGGGGCUGGGGUAAAUACGGGCAGCUGGGACACGAGGACAACGCCAGCUCCGACCAGCCAUGCCGCGUCGAGUACCUGGCGGCUGAGGGGCUGCGGGCGGAGGAGGUGGUGUGCGGGCCCUGGACCACCUACGUCUGCGUGCUGGAGCCCCAGAGCCCCCCCCCCGCCACAGCUGCCUACGCUGAGGAAGACACAGGCCCCACUCUGCCGGGGGAGAUGGGGCAGGCAGCCCCCCAGGACAGGAUCCCUCCGGGUUUAGCCACGGUGAACGCAGGGGCUGCAGCUGGGCUGGUGCCUGACCCUGCCCCGGCUGCAGCUACGCAAGUGCUAAAGCCACCGAGGGAAGAGCCAAACAUGUUAAUUACAGCUGCUUUUCCAUAACGGCUGCGGUGCUGCUUUGUGUUGCGUACAAAGGAUGUUCCCAGGUUCCCCAGCCCCAGCUUAAAGCCGUGCCAGACCCUCGUCCCUGCCCAGCCGAGGGCAGCCAUCGGUCACCCCACAGACACACACACAGC